AUGGAGAGUGAAGGAGCCAACCUUCUGCAAAGCCCCAACAUGGCCGAGUACGGGACCCUCCUCCAGGACCUGACCAACAACAUCACCCUGGAGGACCUGGAGCAGCUCAAGUCAGCCUGCAAGGAGGACAUCCCCAGUGAGAAGAGUGAGGAGAUCACCUCGGGCAGCGCCUGGUUUAGCUUCCUGGAGAGCCACAACAAGCUGGACAAAGACAACCUCUCCUACAUUGAGCACAUCUUUGAGAUCUCUCGCCGCCCUGACCUGCUCACCAUGGUGGUGGACUACAGAACCCGUGUUCUGAAGAUCUCCGAGGAGGAUGAGCUGGACACCAAGCUGACCCGUAUCCCCAGCGCCAAGAAGUACAAAGACAUCAUCCGGCAGCCCUCUGAGGAAGAGAUCAUCAAACUGGCUCCUCCACCGAAGAAAGCCUGA